AGAGUGAAAAAAAAAAAAGAACAAUAGUCCUUUGUCAUGCAAACUCAGAGCAACAUCAUCAAAAUUUGAUCUCACUAACUUAAGUCACACAAAAAGAACAACAACAACUAGUUUCAAUUUCCUAUGAGAUACCAUCAUCAAUGGAGAUUAUCAACAACAACAAUAACAAUGGAAUUUCAAGAGAUGGAAUCCUAAGGAGUAAUAGCUCCAACACAUGGAGGAACAAUAGCAUGGAUGCUUUCUCUUCGUCCGAACGGCGCGAAGACGACGAAGAAGCUCUAAAAUGGGCCGCAAUUGAGAGGCUUCCGACGUAUUUGCGCAUUCGGAGAAGCAUGAUAAACAAUUCGGAGGUUGACAUCAAGCACAUGGGAUUAACGGAGAGGAAGAUUCUUCUUGAGAGGCUUGUCAAGAUUGCUGAAGAAGAUAAUGAGAAGUUCUUGUUGAAACUAAGAGAAAGGAUGGAAAGAGUUGGACUUGAUAUUCCAACAAUUGAAGUGAGGUUCGAGCACAUAAAUGUGGAAGCACAAGUUUAUGUUGGAAGAAGAGCAUUGCCUACACUAUUCAACUUCUAUGUGAAUGUUUUAGAGGGGUUCUUCAAUUAUCUCCACAUCAUUCCAAGUCCAAAGAAGCCUUUACACAUCCUUCAAAAUGUUAGUGGAAUCAUAAGGCCCAGAAGAAUGACUCUGUUGUUGGGACCCCCAAGCUCAGGGAAGACCACAUUGCUAUUAGCCUUAGCUGGAAAACUUGGCAAAGAUUUAAAAAAAUCAGGGAGAGUAACAUACAAUGGGCAUGGGGUAGAAGAGUUUGUGGCACAGAGAAGUUCAGCGUAUAUUGGGCAACAUGAUAAUCACAUUGGUGAAAUGACUGUUAGAGAAACCCUUGCUUUCUCUGCUAGAUGCCAAGGGGUUGGACACAACUAUGAGAUGCUGAGUGAACUUUUGAGAAGGGAGAAGGAAGCCAAGAUUAAACCAGACACUGAUGUUGAUGCUUAUAUGAAGGCAGCAGCACUAGAAGGACAACAAACUAGUGUGGUCACUGACUACAUUCUUAAGAUCUUAGGGCUUGAAGUUUGUGCUGACAUUAUGGUAGGAGAUGGAAUGAUAAGAGGAAUUUCAGGAGGUCAGAAAAAGAGAGUCACUACAGGCGAAAUGCUUGUUGGACCUAUAAAAGUGUUGUUCAUGGAUGAAAUAUCAACUGGAUUGGAUAGUUCGACAACUUUUCAGAUAAUGAAUUCGAUUCGGGAAUCGAUUCAUAUUCUGAACGGAACAGCACUUGUGUCUUUGUUACAGCCAGCACCAGAAACUUAUGAAUUGUUUGAUGAUAUAAUACUUCUAACGGAUGGACAAAUAGUGUAUCAAGGGCCAAGACAAAAUGUGCUUGAGUUCUUUGAAUCAAUGGGAUUCAAGUGUCCUCAAAGAAAAGGAGUUGCUGAUUUCUUACAAGAGGUGACAUCAAGAAAAGAUCAAUGGCAAUAUUGGGCACUCAAGGAUGAACCAUACAACUUUGUAACUGUCAAGGAUUUUGCUGAAGGCUUCCAAUUAUUCCACAUUGGUCAAAAACUUGGAGAUGAGUUGGCCAAUCCUUUUGACAAGUCAAAGAGCCAUCCAAGUGCAUUGACCACAAAAAAGUAUGGUGUAAACAAGAAAGAGCUUCUCAAGGCUUGUGCUAGCAGAGAAUUCUUGCUUAUGAAACGAAAUUCCUUUGUCUACAUCUUCAAAGCCAUACAAUUAGUUUAUUUAGCAGUCAUGACAACAACACUAUUUCUAAGACCAAAGAUGCACCGAGAUUCUGUGUUGGAUGGAGGAACUUACUUGGGUGCACUUUUCUUCACAAUCACAGUGGCAAUGUUCAAUGGAAUUGCAGAACUAAACAUGACCAUAAUGAAACUCCCUGUGUUCUACAAGCAAAGGGACCUUCUCUUCUACCCUGCAUGGGCCUAUUCUAUUCCUCCAUGGAUUCUCAAGAUUCCAAUUACACUUGUUGAAGUUUUCCUUUGGGAAGCAAUUUGUUACUAUUCUAUUGGUUUUGAUCCAAAUUUUGGAAGGGUUUUGAAGCAGUUCUUGGUAAUCUUCUGCAUCAAUCAGAUGGCGUCUUCGCUGUUUCGGUUGAUGGCAGGACUUGGAAGGGAUGUUAUAGUUGCUAACACUGUUGGUUCAUUUGCAUUGCUCAUAGUUUUGGUCUUGGGAGGAUUUGUCAUUUCAAGAGAGGAUGUGCACAAAUGGUUCUUAUGGGGCUACUGGUCCUCACCACUGAUGUAUGCCCAGAAUGCCAUUGCUGUUAAUGAGUUUCUUGGCCAUAGUUGGAGAAAGGUUCUUCCUGGUACCAAUGAAACUCUGGGAGUAUUGGUACUCAAAUCUCGUGGACUAUUCACAGAAUCGUAUUGGUUUUGGUUAGGAAUAGGAGCUUUGAUUGGUUAUGUUUUCCUCUUCAAUUUUCUCUUCACCUUGGCUUUGCAAUACCUCAGUCCAUUGAGAAAGAAUCAAGCAGGAUUGUCCCAAGAGAAAUUGCUGGAAAGGAAUGCUUCCACUCGCGAAGAGGCCGUUCAAUUAUCGACACGAAAAAGCACCACAGAAGCUAAGGUUAUAGAAGAAGCAAGCAUUUCAUCCAGGUCACUUUCUGGAAGAGUUGGUGAUUAUAAUAAUAAUAAUAGUAAUGGCAGAAGUGUAGACAUGCCACAGGAAAUGAAAAAUCAAGGGGUUUUCGAAGAUCGUCUAGAACUUUUGAAGGGUGUUAGCGGCGCUUUUAGGCCGGGAGUACUAACAGCUUUGAUGGGGGUAAGUGGAGCCGGCAAGACUACUCUGAUGGAUGUUUUGGCCGGAAGGAAAACCGGUGGAUAUAUAGAAGGAAGCAUCACAAUCUCUGGUUAUCCUAAGAAUCAAGAAACGUUUGCUCGAAUAUCCGGAUACUGCGAACAAUUUGAUAUCCACUCACCUUAUGUGACAGUCUAUGAAUCUUUGAUGUAUUCAGCAUGGCUUCGUUUACCCCAUGAAGUUGAUCCUUCAACAAGAAAGAUGUUCAUUGAGGAAGUUAUGGAGCUUGUGGAGCUUAACUCAUUGAGAGAAGCACUUGUUGGAUUGCCGGGGGAGACAGGACUUUCGACCGAGCAAAGAAAACGGCUAACAAUUGCAGUUGAGCUUGUAGCCAACCCAUCAAUAAUAUUCAUGGAUGAACCAACCUCUGGCCUUGAUGCCAGAGCAGCUGCAAUUGUAAUGAGAACUGUGAGGAACACGGUCGACACAGGCCGGACCGUGGUUUGCACCAUUCACCAGCCUAGUAUUGACAUAUUUGAUGCCUUUGAUGAGCUGUUACUCUUAAAAUUGGGAGGGGAACAAAUAUAUGCCGGCCCAUUAGGCCGCCAUUGCUCACAAUUGAUUCAAUACUUUGAGGGUAUUGAAGGAGUUCCUAAGAUCAAAGAUGGUUAUAACCCUGCAACAUGGAUGUUGGAAGUUACAUCAGCAGUAACAGAAGCAAAUCUUAAUGUCAACUUCACUGAUGUGUACAGAAGCUCAGAACUACACCGGAGAAAUAAACAACUGAUCCAAGAACUUAGUAUACCUGUACAAGGUUCACAAGAUCUAUACUUUGAUACUCAGUAUUCACAGAACUUUCUAACACAAUGCAAAGCAUGCCUAUGGAAACAACAUUUAUCAUAUUGGAGGAACACAUCUUAUACAGCAGUUAGACUGCUAUUCACAGCAAUUAUAGCUCUAGUAUUUGGGGUCAUCUUUUGGGACAUUGGCUUUAAAAGGAGAAAGGAGCAAGAUCUUUUUAAUGCAAUGGGAUCAAUGUAUGCUGCUGUUACCUUCAUUGGGGUGCAAAAUGGUGCCUCAGUGCAACCUAUGAUAGCAGUUGAGAGAACAGUCUUCUACAGAGAAAGAGCUGCUGGAAUGUAUUCAGCUUUGCCAUAUGCUCUUGCACAGGUUAUUAUUGAACUUCCGCAUAUCUUGGUUGAGGCUCUUGUUUAUGGGGUUAUAGUGUAUGCAAUGAUGGGGUUUGAUUGGACAGCAUCAAAGUUCUUGUGGUAUCUAUUCUUCAUGUACUUCACAUUCUUAUAUUACACCUUUUAUGGGAUGAUGACAAUGGCGAUAAGUCCCAACCCUCAUGUUGCUGGUAUAUUGUCCGGUGGAUUCUAUGCAAUAUGGAGCCUUUUCUCAGGCUUCAUCAUUCCCUUAUCGAGAAUACCCAUAUGGUGGAAGUGGUGCUAUUGGAUAUGCCCUGUUGCAUGGACACUGAAUGGAUUGGUGACUUCACAAUAUGGAGACAACAUGGACAAACUUGAAAAUGGUCAAAGGAUUAAGGAUUUUGUGGAGAGUUACUUUGGAUUUCACCAUGACUUUCUUGGAGUUGUUGCAAUUGUGGUGGCUGCUUUCUCACUCUUAUUUGCACUCAUUUUUGCAUUUGGCAUCAAAGUAUUCAACUUCCAAAAAAGAUGAUCAAAUCACACUGCCAUUAUCAUUGUAUAUGUGCUCUUUAAUUAAUUGUUUCUAAAAACAAUUUAUAGAAAAUCAAACACACUAGCAUUAUAUA